AUGACCACAACAACAAAAGCCACGAUAUCGCGAGACAACUACAAACACAUCAAGUCGCCGAUUUACACGUACCGAUCCGAAGCGGCCGUGCCGGAAAAGGGCGAUAUGUUCCCAUCGCCGCAAAUCAGCCCCGCAGCUUCGUCACCUCAGCAGAGAUACACUUCGCGCAGUUCGAAUCAUCAAUACAACAACAAUGCGCAUUCGCCCCAGAGCACGUCUCCGGCCGUGCUGUGGACAACGGCGAAUUCCGCUUCACCCAUUCAGGAGAAGUUCCCCCCACUGCUGAAUCUCUUGCCGUCGCAAACGAACGAAUCUCCUUCGCCUCAGUACACGCAGAGCUCGCCGUCGACUCAGUCCCCGUACACGAUUCCACAAGAUGGCGAGCAGCAAGGCGCUCAACAGCAUUCUCACGAAUCCGCUUUCGUAGCUGUAAGUCAGCCAGAUCAGCUUCUGAGCCAGCACUUCGUAUCGCAGUUCGACACGUCGUUCAUGCUUAGCAAGCCGACCUACACAACCCAAACGAUACUUUCGAGUAGUCCGCCUCCGUCCGACGUAGCUACUUUAGCUCCGAUCGAUACGAGUAGUCUCGAACUCGCAUUCCGCGCCCCGUCCUGCACGGCUCUGAACGCGUCGACGACCACCAAGACAUAUCAGUGGACGAACUAUUCGCCGCCCACCACAACUUCGUCCGAUCUCUCGACCUACAGCCUGCAGGCUGUCACGACCAGCGGUCCACCGGUCCUCGUGCCGAAACAGGAGCCGGACUACUCGACUCUGCAGACGCAAGGAAGUUUAGACGACACUUCCAACGCGAGCGCCUCGAGCACCGGAGGUUCCCGGAGCUCGUCCGCUGUCGCUACUCUAGCCGAGUACAACCAGGCCACGAGCAAAGGCCACGAAAUCCUCAACCAGGCUUACCAGAACAGCCCCACCCCGCUCAAACUCGUCCCGGUGAAACCCCGAAAAUAUCCAACCAGACCAUCGAAAACCCCCGUUCAUGAACGGCCUUACGCCUGCCCUAUCGAAGGCUGCGACAGGCGUUUUUCUCGUUCUGACGAACUCACCCGUCACAUUCGGAUUCACACGGGACAGAAACCUUUCCAAUGCAAGAUCUGCCUGCGAUCCUUCAGCCGCUCCGACCAUCUGACCACACACUUCCGGACCCACACGGGCGACAAACCCUUCUCCUGUGAGGUCUGCGGCAGGAAGUUCGCCCGCUCGGACGAGAGGAAGCGACAUGCGAAAGUCCACCUGAAGCAAAAGCUGAAGAAAGAGGGUCGCUCCCUUGGAGGGCAGGGUCCUACUUUACACGUGAACACGCAAUUCCACCAGGCAGCGUCUCCGGGCAGUCUGCUCGGCGUGGACGUGCUAGGCGUGCACGGAAUCGCCGGCUACUCGGAUGUGGUGCCCAUGGUGAUCACGAGUCAGCCCUGA